AUGGUUAAACCCCUCAAGCAGUACCAGUGCGAACGAUGCUCCCGAACCUUUGCGCGGUUGGAACAUCUCCAGCGUCAUGACCGGUCGCACACCAAAGAGAAGCCGUAUCUCUGCGAUCAAUGCCCCAAGUCGUUCACUCGCAAAGAUCUCCUGGCUCGCCAUGAGCGCCUCGCCCAUGGUGCCGCGCCCGCACACGGACCAGCAUCGUCGCCAGCUUCGGCCUCCCCACAGGUCCAGUUCGAGGGAUUGAAUGUCCUGGCUUCAGCGGUCACCGACCAUCCCUCUUCCGCCUCUACUUCCACCCUGCCAGGGACCCAGCCUUUACUCCCCGGCCCUCCUGGGCCUUACCCUCCCCAGUUGGCACCCACAGUGGGCCAUCCGAUAGCGACCCCAAACCCGCCAGGCCCAGGGCCUCCGGUACCAACUGGCUUCAGUGAACCCUUUGUGGGAUACGGACCAGUCACUUCUUACGAUGGAGACGAUUUCACGACCUUUCUAGACAGCAUCCCCCUCCCCAGUCACCCCUUCUCCCCGACCUACCAACCACUCCCUCUCUUUCCCGCCUUUCACUUCGACUCGACAUCCGAGUACAGCCAGCCCGUCGAAAAGGCCAGCACCGACGUCGAAACCCCCUCCAGCUCGAUUCUCCCCAGACAUGGGACCCAGCUACCAUCGCUCCAGCCUGAAGGGGCCCACGUCCCUUACAAAUCCCGCGACCCGGGCGCUCACAUCUCCCUCACGGCGCAAUGUCGCGAUCGCAUCAUCGCAACGUUACCAGAAUACGCCAACGUCAUCUCCCACCCCUACUCCCCAUCCCGACACGCCCUGUCAAGGUUCCUUGGUGGAUACAUGACCAACUUCCACUACCACUACCCGUUCAUGCACGUCCCAACCCUGGACCUGGAUUCCAUGCCGCUCCAUCUGAUCUUUGCCAUGGCUGCCGUGGGCGCCCAGUACUGUCGCGAACCCGAAGCCAGCAUGAGCCUAUACAAAGUGGCCAAAGCCGUUACCCUCGAACACAUCCGCAGAGACCUCCAGUGGGGCUGUAUCAGCCCCAAAGCACAGGGCCCGGUCGAUCCGGCCGCUAGGAGUCAGGACAUCAUCGAAUCCGUGCAGGCGCUCUUACUCCUCAUCUCCGUCUCGUGCUGGUUCGAACGAGACCCCCCUCACUACGAAGCACUGUACAUCCGCAGCUUCAUGGAAACCCUCCUUCGUCAAGGAGGCCUCAACGAUCUCCCCCCACAGGACGGGUCAUGGGAAAGCUGGAUCCGCAACGAGAUGUUCAAGCGGACCAAACUCAUCGUCUUCUGCUUCUUCAGUGUCCACACCAUCGUGUUCGACAUCCCCCCGCUGAUCCUGACCGAGGAACUCGCGCUCGAUCUCCCCUGCACGGAGAAAGAAUGGACCGCCACCACCGCAGGCGAAUGGCGCGAGGAGCGCAGCCGCAACCAAAGCCGCGGCGAACUCAAGCUCCAAGACGCCCUCAACUCCCUCUUCACCCCCUCCCAGUCCGCCAAAAACAGCCUAGACUCCUUCUCCUCCAUGGGCGGAUACGUGCUCAUCCACGCCAUGAUCCAGAACAUCUGGCUCAUCCAGAAGGCGAGCCGUCUCCCCGUCUCCAACGGCAGCUUCCUCUCCCCGUCCGUCAUCACAUCCCUCGAACAAGCCCUCGAACACUGGUGUCAAUGCUGGGAACAUAACCAGGAAUCCUCCAUCGACCCAUUCAACCCCCACGGCCCGCUAUCGUUUACAUCCACCGCCCUCCUCCGACUCGCUUACAUCCGCCUCAACGCCGACUUCAGCUCCGCCCGCCGCCUCGAGACCUGGAACCCAGAUAUAAUCGCCCGGUCGCUCCGCGACAACCUCUCCGUCCAGCGCAGCGACCGUCUCACUCGCGCUGCACUUCACUGCGCCCACGCCCUCAGCACCCCCAUCAAACUAGGCAUCAACUACGUCGCUCGCACCCUCGUCGUCUCCUGGUCUAACCAGUACGCUCUCUGCUCGCUCGAAUGCGCCGUCCUACUAGCCAAAUGGCUCGAGGUGGCCACCGUCUCCAACCCAGCCCCGGGUCUGACCGAGCAGGAAAGUAAACUCCUCGAAUUCGUCCUCGAGAUGGUCAUGGAGGCUCAACAUGGUGUUUCGCGCGACUGGUUGCUCGCUAACAAUACUCGACUUAGUGCGACUGUUACAAGGCUGUGGGCGAGGCUGUUCACCGCGGAUUAUAUCUGGCAGUUGGUUAAUCUGAUUGGGAGGUCGUUGAAUCGGUAUGCUGAUAUUUUGGAGGCGGAUGGGUAGUGGAUAUAUACUAUACUUGGUUAGGUUAGGUUAGGUAGCCGGUUGGCCGGUUGGCCGGUUGACUGGUUGGGGGAUGCUUGUUUUGUAUAGGUGUUCUCGAUACCCUGUCUUACAGACAUUGAUUGAUUGGUGGUUGUGGUCGUGGCUGUGAUUAUGGGGAGAGAUUGCUGCCCGACAAUAGCGGUCAGUUUACAUCCCCCGUUCAUGGCUGCAGUCUCUGUACCUUCCCUGUUCGGACAUAACUAGCUGCAAUGCACCUACGUACCUCUCAGCAGUAUAUUUCAUGCGAAUGGUUUGCGGGGAAAGCCCAAGCAUAAGGCGUAUCAGACCAUUUAAGGCGUGUCAUGUUGCACGAGGGCUG